AUGCCAAGAACAGUGAACAAGGAAGAAAUUGCUGCCUUUGAAAAAUUUCUAUCCUCCAUCGAGGAUCCUCAGGAACGAUAUGCAAACAAAAGAGAAGAGUCGAAUAAGCAUUUUGCUAAAAAAGAAUAUCCUAAAGCCAUUUCAAUUUUGACUCAGUGCAUUGAUGAGUAUUUAACUGCUUCCGAUGAGAAUGACAACCGAACGAGAUUAAAAGAGUGGGACCAAACAAAAGUUCUCGAAUAUAAAUUGCCUUUACUCACAACAAGGAAGAAAACAGCCUCGGAUUGGCCACACACAAGAAAAGCAUACAAGGAAAUAAAGGAACAAUUAUCUAAUGCACAUUUAAUAUUUUCUAAUCGAUCAGUGAAUUAUUUAAUGUCUGGACGCUACUUGGAAGCGAAACAAGAUGCGUUGGAUUGUAUCGAGUGGAAUCCUGAUUGGCCAAAAGGAUAUUAUCGACAUGCACAAGCUGCCAUGAUGUUAGAAGAAUAUACAGAAGUCUGGAAAGUAUUUCAAAAGGAAUUGAACUAG